GAGGUGGAUAUACAAGGGGGGCAUGUUGCGAAGCACCACAGAGGCAGGCUGAAAUGCAGAGAGGAGCAAACAUUAGUGCAGCAGAAGAGCAGCGCUCGGAGGCAGCAAAGGACAGUGGCCCUUGGAAGCAGAAAGAAGAAGCAUUGGCAGAAGAGGAUCCUUUGACUGCAGAUUGGUAUUGGGCCCUUGGUGGAGUGAGUAUAUAUUGCCCUGUCUCCAUCUCUCCCACUAUAGCUAGAGAAGGCGCAAGGAGGAAACGCACCACGUUCAACAAAACUCAACUGGAAAUUCUUGUAAAGUCGUUUAACAAGGAUCCGUACCCUGGCAUUGGAGUCAGAGAACAUCUAGCUUCCCUAAUUCAGAUUCCAGAGUCUAGGAUUCAGGUUUGGUUUCAGAACCGAAGAGCCAGGCAACUGGGCCAAAAGAAAAAACUGGAAGUGUUAGCCGCCACAAAGCAAGCCCACGUCCAGAGGCAGCCUCAGUUGAUUGCGGACGGGCAAGGCCCGCAGGCCGCCGCUCCCGCCUUCUCCUCUGACGCGGGCAUCUUUCUGCAGUAUGCUGCUCAGCCCCUUUCGGGCGAUGUGCGGCUCGGGCCCAGGCCGGGCACCUCCCCAGCCAGCCUAGGUGGCUCAGGGACCGACGGUACGGAAAUAGAAACUCCAGGCCAUUCCCAUUUCCUGACUCCGGAAGCUUUCCAGUUCUAUCUGGGCGCUGGCACCACCACCACCUGCGGCGACAGCGGGAGCCCAACGCCCGAGCCUCAGCUUUCCCCGGCAGCCACGCAACUGCGUCCCUGCUACCAGAGGCCACCGUACGGAAACCAGCCCGCCAUUCCCGCCCUGUAUCCCGGCAGGGCGGAUCUGCAGGAGGAUGGGCAGCGGCGAUGCCAGCUCUCCCAACAGUUCCAACGGCGGCCUGAGCCUCCCCAGCUGGAGAGAUUCCCGCGGCCGCCUCAGCAGCCCCCGCAUCCACAGCCGGAACUGCCCCGGCCUCCUCAGUAUCAGCCCCAGUCUCAUCAAGCCCGCCAUCCUCACCCGCCGCCACUGCCGCAGCCAUUCCAGCCCCAGUGGCCGCAACUCCCGCACCUGCAGGCCCAACCCUUGCAGUCACUCUUUACCCAAGACCAGGAAGCUUCCCCGGCCUGUCAGAAUACUGAUUCUCCAGAUAUGAAAAAUCUGCAGCUUCAUUUUCUGGACGGUUUGUUUGAAGGUGAAGAUCCUCAGUUUUUAGGAAUAAGCCAAGAGGUGCUGAGUCUAGGCUUCGAGCUUGAGAGUAGUAAUAAUGAAGUUGUGUAAUGCUCAGUAUGAGGAAGGCUCAGUUGGGCCCCUCUGCCCACUGAGACAUCUGCACUGAUCCCAGAAUCUUUUGGGGCCUCUGUGUCACCGAGUAGGGGAACUGGCUUGGAAUGGAGUUGAUUUUUCAGUUGAAAGAAUAGAGCGCACCUAGUUAUAGUCACUAGGGCGCCGACUAACUCAAAAUCUUUUUUCAAGUAGGACCAGAUCCAUGGGGCUGUAAAAAGGACAUUAGAUUGACGGCUGAACUGAAUCGCUAAUUUGGUGAGGGGAUGGGUGAAUGUAAAUCAGUAUCAGGGUGUAUAUUAGAUCCUUUUGCUGAUGAAGGAAGCUAGAAAUCUUUAAGACAUUGAUUUUGCGUAAGGCUUGGAGUUCUCUACCUCUUCAGUUAUCAAAAUUGGGAAUAAUAUUACUUGAGACUCCCCCAACUCACAGGUUUGUGUGAGAAAUGUAUUGAAAAGCACUUUCACCUAUUACCAAUGACCGGUGCAUUGAAAGUACCAAGUAUUAUUAUUACAAUUUAAAUUAUUUUUUUUUUUAGAAAAGAAAUAGAUAUUUUUUAAAUUGGGGGAUUCUUUUGAAGUACUGAUAUGAAUUUUCUACCUCCCCCCACCUUUCUCUUCUGUUUUAUAUCUGUCUUCUCCCAUUAGAUUGUGAGCCCAAUGGGCAGGGCCAAGAUCACACUCUUGCCACUCAGUGUGGUUUUUAACAAAAACGUUUGUUUUUUUUUAUUAUCUACAUUUUGUCAAUAAACUGAAAUGUUUUCAUUUUGUCUCCA